CAAAGAGAUAGAGAGAAAGGGACAGAGAACGAGGAGAACAAUCAAUAUGUUCAGUGUCUCUUCUCCCCCUGUGCUGUCGGUUCUUUCGCUUCCCCUGGCCAGGCCCUGGAAGGUCUCCCCUCGGGGCAAUCUCUGCUCGGAGGGGUCUCUUGGGUUCGGUCUUGGCACGGCGUCCCAGGAAGGCCUCGUGAGCUCAGAGUUUCGUGCUGUUCGCGAGUGUGGAGGCAGUUGUUCUCCUCCGCUCGCGCAGGCGUCUUUUGUGUCGGCGGGAGAACGCAGCAGGCCUGAGGCCUCUGCUGAUCCCCCACGAGAGGGAUGAGCAGGCCCUCGCCGCCGCAUGUGCUGACGGCAAGUCCGAAAGACUUGACUACGAGGGAGAGGAACGCCCAAUUCUUUCCCUCGCCGUGGUCAGCAAAAAGUUGCUGGUAAGAAGUUGUCGCGGUGAAAGAAACAGAUCUGGCCUCUUUUGCUUUCUCGUCCGGGGCGAUGUUUCCUUUGCCGUCUCGCCCUCCCUGCGUCCCCGGUUGCCAUCCCCUCCUUUUUUUACCCCUGACGUCACUGCCCAUCCUGGCGACUGCUCCUUCUACCAGUUAUCCAGAGGAAGUGCGAGCAUUAUGUGAUCGUGGCGUGUCCUGUUGGGCGGCGCCCCUUUCCCACCCAAGGUGCUGUCCCAGCAGCUGUCGCAAAACCAGCUUGGAACCCACCUCGUUCCCAGCCAGUAUAAAUAUAUUCGGCCCCUUUCGUUGCUUUGUCAGUUCGAGCCUCGCUCAAGCGGCAUGGAAUUAGCUCAUCGGGUUUCCGCUCGAUCACGUCUGAGUGGCAGCGUCUGCACCUUCACUCCAGAUGCUGUACUGGAGCAGGCCGCUGACGUUACGGCAGUGCGGGGCGGCACAGCUUUUUGGAUGGUAGUGGCGGCUGCUGCAGUGGCAGCAUCUUGGCAGUUCUUGAGACGAAGCAGCGCGGUGCUUGACUCAGUGUGCACGUUCGGAGGCGCGCGCCCGCGCGCGCGCCUGCCUGCGCGAUAUAACGCUUCCAAGCGAUUCGGCACCCAGUGUGGGAGUCGUAGAUCUCCUCCGAGGCAGUGUAUUGGAUUCGUCUCGUUGCCCUAUCGGCACCCCGCAGAACGGCUGCGCAGAGUGCGGGGGGGUCAUUAUCACGUCCGUCUUUCUGCUCCUCUUGGCCCCCGUGCUCCAUUAUCCCUCACCGUCACUCUUCUCCUUCUCCUGCUCUACUAUUGUCGUUCAUCACCACCUCCGCCUCUUCAUAUUGCCUGCUCUUGGCUCCUAGUUGCCCACCGCGCUCGCCCUGUCAUUGCCUGGGGAGCGCACAGGCAUGCUUGCGGGUGUUUUCAUUUGCGGGUUCGGACAACAUGCCGGCGGCAUGCUCGCGUGCGCGAGUUGGUUCCUGUGGCCUCACCCUGACGAGCCGUUCAUUGUGGGCAGUCUGUGUUCUCAUUUGUUUUUCUUGACUUGAUUUUGUUUGUCCUCAUCAUUAUUAUGAUGCUGUUUGUGUAGAUCGAUAUCAUGGCCACGUGCUCCCGAGUUGUCGAUGUCCGUGAUGGUUUUGGUGGUUUGGUUAUGUUUCGUUGUUGUCCCCUUUGCGUGAUGCACUUCGACAACGUCAUCAGUCGGAGGUGUCAGUGGACGGAGGAGGAUGGAGAAUGAGGAGCUGGCGGUGUCCACCCGAUCUUUUUCUUCUAUCUUUCUCUCUCUCUCUCUCUCUCUCUUGUUGAUAUGGCCACAGCACACGGAAGCAACGUUGUAUUUGACCACAUCGGUGCGCAAGCGCAGAUCUGCGAGUAUUUGGGAGCACGAGUCUGCAAGCAAGCACUUGCUGUCAAUCGUUGCCCCCCUUGGUGCCACCCACGGCAGAUGAAUGCAAGCAUCCACGUUCCAUGGAGCCAGGACCACGUUGACGGCCUGCCAUCGACGGAGGAGCUUCCGGAUGGAAAUAACAGCUUCUUCCGGCAAUUGGAUCACAUCAUCGCGACGGUCGCCAACGAAGAGUUUCGGACGUUGUACACGGUGUCCGACGUGGACAGGCGGCUUCUGCCCUGAAGGACGGCAUCUUCGGCCGGUACCGAAACGGAUCGCGGAGAUGUGGGGCAUGUUGCUCAUCAGUGAGGCGCGGAGGCAGCACCUCAAUGUGAUGGUGGAGACCAGCGGGCGGGACGUCGGCAUGUUCCACUACAUCGACCAUUGCUUUCCUGACGGCUCGUACCGGAAGCUAGCCUUGCACUUCGAGAUCAACGACGUCUCCUUCGCGGAACGGUCCGUAGACGAGCGAAUGUUGAGGGAGAUCGAGGCGGGCCAGCGGGCUCUGGCCGGCACCGUGGAUGACAUCAUCAAGGUGAACGCGGGCGGCCCGUAUGGCUCGAAGGUGCUGAGGGGCGUCCAGGCCGACUCCGACCGGGUCUGGGAGACGGAAGUGCGGGCGGGCAGGGUCGCCCAGGCGUGGUACAAGGCCAGCUUCUCCAUCACCGGUGAUCGUGGGAAGCCAACUGCCCGUCUGCACCGACUUGGACAGGCCAACCCUGGACCCAGGACCGGUGUGCUUGGGCCCGCCUUCCAAGUUGAGGCAGCAGGGCGUGUCCACAAGUCCCUCUGUGGGCCCAGGAUUGGCAUGGCCAGGGUCGGUGUGGGUGAACGCCUGGCGCUCUCCUAGGUCAGGAAGCGGCCGAGUGGACCGCGCGCGCUUCCUCGUCGCCACCCGGCGUGGGCGAGCACCCGAUCCUGCGAGUGUGAAGCUGCGGGGCGGAUCCUGCUAUAGUCUCGCGCGGCGCUUCCAGCGGAAGAGGCAAAAACGGUCGGCUCUGAGCCGUGCCCUUUCCGGUCUUCGUCCUCCACUUCCUCGUCACCAUCUUCCUUUCUUCGCCAUC